AAAAAGAGAAAGUUAUACAGAGUAAGAGAAGUAGAGAGACGGGAUAGGAAGGAGAUACAAAUAUUGGAAUCAGAGACAAUUGAGGAGACAAGUCGUCAACAGGAGGACAGUGACAAGGAGACUAGAAAAGUAAAAAAACAAAACAAAGUGGUCACAUGCCUCAUGGCAAAAGUUCAGGGCAUUUCUUCACUUUUCCACCAUACCCCUCGUUUAAUCAGUGGGCUAGCAGCAGGAGGAAGCUCGGUACUGCACCAGCGGGUUAAAAUUCAAGAUCAUCCGACCUCAGAGGAGCCAAAGGAUGCACUCGACCAUUCAGAACCGUCGAAAGAGCCUGGUGGAACUAAACCAUUGGUUGAUCGUUCCUUGGUGCGAAGAGACAUCCGCGCCUUUUUAAAAGAGUGUGGUGGAACCCCAGCAGAGGCACGCUAUUGGCUAUCACAGUUCCACGAGAUGCACUCCACUUAUAAGAAGGCUUUUGCUGUGGUUGAGGUGGAUGAGAAUGUCUUUAGCUGCAAAAGGUCCCUUGUAAGCCUGGGGUUUGCACUUUCCUUUCUCCAGCGGAUGGACAUGAAGCCUCUUGUGGUGAUGGGUCUACCCAGUACGUACUGUGCCCGGCCGUCUGUCCAAGAAACCAAGUCCUUGCUUGUUCACAACUGCCAAACCCUGGUGGAUACCCUGAAUAAAACCUCCGGCACUGCUUUGCCUUUCUUUAAUGGGGGAUCUGUGCUACGCUCUCAUGAAGUGGAUGGCUGUUAUGGCUCUGUGUCAGGAGUGGAUACUGAACUGCUCACCUGGUGCCUCGACUCAGGGAAUAUUCCCAUCAUCUGCCCCAUUGGUGAGACUCCUUCAGGUCACUCGAUCCUUCUUGACUCUUUAGAAGUAACUGCCAACAUCUCCCGUGUCCUGCAGCCACUAAAGAUCAUCUUCCUUAACACUGUGGGUGGAUUGAACGACUUGAGUGAAAAGGUUAUGGGACUUGUGAAUUUACCAGCUGAUUUGGAACUGAUAAGGAAUGCAUCCUGGAUGAGUGAUUGGCAGAGGCAGCAGGUGACAGUAAUUGUGGACUUACUGAAUAGACUACCUGCAUCUUCCUCUGCGGUAAUCACCUCAGCAAGAUGUCUCCUCAGUGAACUCUUCAGCAACAAAGGGUCAGGAACGUUGUUUAAGAACGCAGAACGCAUGCUGAGGUUUGACUCCUUAGAGGAAAUCGAUACGGAGCGUUUAGUCUCAUUGGUUAACCGGUCUUUCCAGAAGAAGCUGAAAGAGGAUUAUAUCAAAAGUGUGGGAUCACGCCUGAAUUCGGUGUAUCUUUCAGAAGGGUACAACGCAGCUGCCAUUGUUACUACAGAACCAGUGCUCGGAGGCACGCCAUAUCUGGACAAGUUUGUUGUCAGCGCAGGAAAACAAGGCCAUGGUUCUGGGCAGAUGUUAUGGGAGUGCCUCAGACAGGACCUACAAACACUGUUUUGGAGAUCGCGAGCCACCAACCCAAUAAACUCAUGGUAUUUUAAGAACAGUGAUGGCAGCUUCUCCAACAAGCAGUGGAUUUUCUUUUGGUUAGGACUUGCAGACAUCAGAGAUUCUUAUGAACUGGUGAACCAUGCUAAAUGCCUACCUGAUUCCUUCUGCAAACCUGUUCAGUCAUGAGUGGGGACCCAAGGGAUAUUAAACAGGCUCUGGAUGGACCCGCAGCCCAUCCUAUCACAUGGCAGCAAUCAGUAACAUUUAACAUCUAGCGGCGGUCACAGAAGAAAUGCUCUUCUUAUUUGAAGAUUAACCAGUGGAAGCAAACGCAAAACCUUGCAUCACUGCUGGACAUCAUGCCUACAUACUUACAGGGUUACUAACAAAAGUGGAUUUGAAAUUUAUUG